GGUCGCGGCCCCCGCUGGUCCUCGGCUCCUGCCCCUCGCCCCCGGAGAGCCCGCCGGCGCGCGGGGCCCAUGAGCGCCCGUGGGUAGCGCGCCAGCCAGCCGUGCCCGGAGCCCGAGCGCAGCCUCCAGGUCCUACCUGAGGUGCCCCUGACCAUCCCUGUUCCCCACCCCACCCCGGAUCCCGGCAAUGCUAACCGCUGUCUGCGGCUCUCUGGGCAGCCAGCACACGGACGCGCCUCACGCCUCCCCGCCGCGCCUCGACCUGCAGCCUCUCCAAACAUACCAGGGCCACACGAGCCCGGAGGCCGGGGACUACCCCUCCCCACUGCAGCCUGGAGGGCUGCAGAGCCUCCCGCUGGGCCCUGAGGUGGACUUCUCACAGGGCUAUGAGCUGCCGGGGGCCUCCUCUCGGGUAACCUGCGAGGACCUGGAAAGCGACAGUCCCUUGGCCCCGGGACCCUUUUCCAAGCUCCUGCAGCCGGACAUGUCCCACCAUUACGAAUCGUGGUUCCGGCCAACUCACCCAGGCACUGAGGAUGGCUCCUGGUGGGACCUUCAUCCGGGCACCAGCUGGAUGGACCUCCCCCACACUCAGGGCACGCUCACCUCGCCUGGCCACCCCGGGGCGCUUCAGGCUGGCUUGGGGGGCUACGUCGGAGACCACCAGCUUUGCGCACCGCCUCCCCACCCGCACCCGCACCACCUCCUCCCAGCCGCCGGAGGGCAGCACCUCCUGGGGCCUCCCGACGGGGCCAAGGCCUUGGAAGCGGCCGCCCCGGAGUCCCAGGGGCUGGAUUCCAGUCUGGACGGAGCAGCCCGGCCCAAAGGCUCCCGGCGGUCAGUGCCCCGCAGCUCAGGCCAGACCGUGUGCCGCUGCCCCAAUUGCCUGGAGGCGGAGCGACUGGGGGCUCCGUGCGGGCCCGACGGGGGCAAGAAGAAGCAUUUGCACAAUUGCCACAUCCCGGGCUGCGGGAAAGCCUACGCCAAGACAUCGCACCUGAAGGCGCACCUGCGCUGGCACAGCGGCGACCGUCCCUUCGUGUGCAACUGGCUCUUCUGCGGCAAGCGCUUCACGCGCUCCGACGAGCUGCAGCGCCACCUCCAGACCCACACGGGCACCAAGAAGUUCCCCUGUGCCGUCUGCAGCCGCGUCUUCAUGCGCAGCGACCACCUGGCCAAACACAUGAAAACCCACGAGGGCGCCAAGGAGGAGGCUGCCGGGGCGGCCGCGGGCGAGGGCAAGGCCAGCGGAGCGGUGGAGCCCGCCGGGGGCAAAGGCAAGCGGGAGGCCGAGGGCGGCGCGGCUCCCUCCAACUGAGCUCCUCCGGUACCGCCCCCCCCCCCCAUUGGUCUCCCCUGGGGGCAUCCGAAGAGCUUUCCUCCUGGCCUGAUGCCUUUGAGGGGCGACUUGAGGAAGAGGAGAAGGUGGUUAUUUAUUGAGGGGGAGGAAAAGUGGUGCCGGGUCGGGGAGACGGGGCGCUAGGUAGGGGUGUUUUGGUCUCGGGGCCGGACGAAAAGUGUUUGGCUAGGCUGGGGGAGCUGCGCAUGCCCCUCUGUUCCCCCCCCCCCCCCGCCCCUUCAUCCCUUAUUUCGCUCCUGUCCCCAGGCUCGGGGGUUGGGGUGGGGUACCCGUACCGCGCCUGGAGGGUGGAGGGGACCUGCUGGAAGAGACGGCGCGUCCCUGGAGCAGAGAGGAGUGGGGCCGCCCCGGGCGCUGAGGGUAGUUGUCUGGACACGUCCUUAGCGCCUGGGAACCGGGACAUAAAAGCGCCUCCGGACCCGCCCUGCGGCCCGGGUCCCUUUCAUCCCGCUUUUAGUGCUUCUGUCCCUAUGGUUUCCCGAGGGAGAGCUGAGGUGGGGUAGGGGAGGCAGGGGUCCCCCUUAGGGAGCGGUCUCUAUCUGGUUGGGAGGGUUGUUGCUGUAGAAAUAACUCCUUUGAUGUGCCUCCCGGUUAACCCUUCCAAACCCACUCUGAUGGGGCCAUGAAGGAAGAGAGGAAGCGGCCAGAAUCCGGGACAGCCGUGCAGCCAGAGCUGUGGGGUCGAGGGGAGAGCUAGAUUGGGAAGGGGGAGGGCAAAAAAAAA